GCUUUUUUUGCAGCAUCCUCUUGCCGCUGAUCUAAUGAUGCUCUUCUGCACUUCCUCCAGGUUUCCCCUUCUCCUUAAACAAGAUGUCGCACCAGAAAAAGCAGCCCACUCCCUGUCCUCCCGUUGGUUGUGGAAAGACCUCCGGUGGAGGAGGCGGUGGUGGCGGCGGCAGUGGCGGCGGCGGCUGCGGCUACUAUAGCGGAGGUAGCGGCGGCGGCUCUAGCUGCGGCGGUGGCUCAUCUGGAGGUGGCUCCAGCUGCGGAGGCGGUGGCUCCUACGGAGGUGGUUCCAGCUGUGGCGGCGGAGGCGGCUCCGGUGGAGGAGUCAAGUACUCCGGAGGCGGCGGCUCCAGCUGUGGGGGCGGCUACUCCGGGGGCGGUGGCUCCAGCUGUGGCGGCGGCUACUCCGGGGGCGGCGGUGGCUCCAGCUGCGGUGGCGGCUCGUCCGGAGGCGGCUCUAGUUGUGGAGGCGGUGGCGGCUCUGGUGGGGGCGUGAAGUACUCCGGUGGCGGUGGCGGCUCCAGCUGCGGUGGCAGCUACUCAGGCGGGGGCGGCGGCUCCAGCUGCGGAGGCGGAUCAGGAGGCGGCGGCUCCUACUGCGGAGGCUCUUCCGGAGGCGGCGGCGGUGGCUGCGGCGGCGGUUCUGGAGGGAGCAAGUACUCCGGCGGCGGCGGCUCCAGCUGCGGUGGCGGCGGCUACUCCGGCGGCGGCGGCUCUAGUUGUGGCGGCGGCUACUCCGGCGGUGGCGGAUCCAGCUGCGGAGGCGGCGGCUACUCCGGCGGCGGCGGCAGCAGCUGCGGUGGCGGCGGAGGUGGCUCCUCCGGGUCGGCCCAACAGUAUCAGAGCCAGAGCUACGGCGGCGGCUCCAGCUGCGGUGGUGGCUACUCGGGUGGUAGCGGCUCCAGCUGCGGAGGUGGCGGCGGCUCCAGCUGCGGAGGUGGCUCCUCCGGUGGCGGCUCCAGCUGCGGCGGCGGCGGCUAUUCCGGUGGUGGCGGCGGCAGCUGCGGCGGCGGCUCCUCCGGUGGCGGCGGGGGCUACUACUCGUCGCAGCAGACCAGCCAGUCCUCCUGCGCCCCCCAGCAGAGCUACGGAGGGGGCUCUUCAGGCGGAGGUGGUAGCUGCGGAGGUGGAUCCUCUGGCGGCAGCGGCGGCUGCUACUCCUCUGGCGGCGGCGGCUGCGGUGGAGGCUACUCCGGUGGCGGCGGCGGCUGCGGCGGCGGCUCCUCUGGUGGCAGCGGUGGCUGCGGCGGCGGCUCCUCCGGGGGUGGCGGCGGUGGCUGCGGAGGCGGCUACUCCGGGGGCGGCGGCGGCUCCAGCUGCGGCGGUGGCUCCUCUGGGGGCGGCUCUGGAGGUGGCAAGGGCGUCCCGGUCUGUCACCAGACCCAGCAGAAGCAGGCGCCUACCUGGCCCUGCAAGUAAGGUCCUCAGGUUGCCACGGAGACGAAGGAUCUGGAGCUGUUCUCCAUGGGCGCCGACGGGCUUAGCUUUCUCAUGAGAUUGCCUGAGGUUUCCAGAUCCUUCACCCCUUAACACUCCCCCUGCCCCAGAAGAAGCCUUCGAGUCACUCAAACUGCAUCUUGUUCUGCAGAGUUUCCAUCUUGGUUUCUGAAUGUCUACCUCCCAACUCCAGUGCCUCCUCAGUCAAUAAAUUUGC